AUGCAAGUCGCUGAAAAGUCGUUUGAGAAAGUUGAAUUCGGGGAAGAAGAAUCUGAUGAUGGCGGAAUCCCAUCCGAGUACAGAGGUACUGCGUCGGACAGGAAAGACAUGACUACCUUGGGAAAGAAACAGGUUCUACGCCGCAACUUCAGAUUCAUUACAAUGCUGGGCUUUGCUAGCACUGCAAUGGCGACAUGGGAAAUCCUGCUGCCGCUGUUCACUUUCGUACUGACAGACGGAGGAACUGGUGACCUAUUCUGGGGCUUUAUUGCUGCGGGUAUUGGAAUGUCCCUGGUUUACGCGAGCAUCGCUGAAAUGGCAUCCAUGUGCCCAACUUCUGGAGGACAAUAUCACUGGGUCUCUGAGUUUGCCCCUCCCAAAAUCCAGAAAUUUUUAAGCUACAUAGUUGGUUGGUUGUGCGCGAUUGCAUGGCAAGUCUACCUCGGUGGCGCAUGCUUCAUGGUUGGGACAAUCAUUCAAGGCUUGAUAGUCUUGAACUUAGAGGACUACGUGUGGAAGAAUUAUCAUGGAACUCUACUGACAAUUGCUGUCAUUUCCUUCGCCGUCUUGUUCAACACGGCAUUAGCUUCGCGGCUUCCUCUCAUUGAGAGCAUUUGUCUGGUCCUCCAUACGGUUGGCUUCUUCGCAAUCGUCAUACCUCUAUGGGUGAUGGGAUCCCAUUCCGACGCGCAUGUCUUGCUGGACUUUACUAAUUAUGGCGGCUGGCCGAGCACGGGUCUGUCGGCAAUGAUUGGUUUGACGUCCCCAAUAAGCGUACUGACCGGAUUUGACUGCUCGGUCCACAUGUCGGAAGAGAUCCAAGAUGCUUCCAUCACCCUUCCCAGGGCGAUAAUGUGGUCCGUAGUCCCGAACACAGCUCUCGGUUUCAUCAUGGCGAUCACAUUGAUCUUCACCUUGGGAGACAUUGACAAUAUCCUGGCGACAGCAACUGGUCAACCCUUUAUUCAAGUCUUUUUCAAUGCUACUCAAAGCCUUGCUGCGACAAAUGCCAUGACUGCAAUAGUGGUUGUACUCUUGAUCUGUUGUGGGAUCAGUGAGCUCGCCACAUCUUCUAGGCAAAUAUGGUCAUUCGCCCGAGAUCGUGGGCUUCCCGCUUCAGAUUGGCUGUCCAAGGUCACUCCUGGUUGGAACAUUCCGCUUCGAGCAGUAUGUGUCUCACUUGUUGUGACCACUCUCCUCGCGUGCAUCAACCUUGGUUCUUCGACUGCUCUCAACGCCAUUAACUCUCUCGGCGGGGUCUCGAUUCUAGGCUCUUACUUUAUUACGAUCAGUUGCCUCAUCUGGAGGCGAGCUUUCGGUCGUCCCUUACCACCACGGCGAUGGUCGCUGGGAAAAUUCGGCAUGGGCAUUAAUAUCUGUGCUAUUUUGUUCCUGGCACCUGUCUGGUUCUUUGCCUUCUGGCCACUUGCUAUACCAGUCAACCCCACCAACAUGAAUUGGUCUUCCACAAUGUUCGGUUCGAUAAUAUCUAUCGCGCUUGUUGACUAUUUUGUGCAAGCGAGACACCAGUAUGUAGGGCCGGUGGUGCAGGUGAUACGAGACGAGUAG